AUGAGUGACUUUGACGAUUGCGGCAGCCACGGGGCCUCCAACAUGUACCUCCCCGGGUGUGCUGCUGCUGCUGCUGCCGCCGCCGCCGCCUAUUACGUCUCUCCCUCGGAUUUCUCCAGCAAGCCCUCGUUCCUCUCCCAGUCGCCUUCCUGUCAAAUGGCUUUCCCCUAUGGCUCCAAUCUGCCGCCCCAUGUGCAACCGGUGCGCGAAAUGGAACGGAACGGGAUCCUCCCUCAAGGCUUCGACCAGUUUUACGAGGCGGGCCACGGCGGCACCCCCUACCCGGAGCAGCCCGAGCAGCCUCCGGGGGACAAGGGCGACCUCAAGCCACCCCCCAGCAGCGGCAGCGUCUGCAGCAAAAGCUCGCCCCUGCCCGGUCAGGACAAGAAAGUGACCCGCGAGGGCAGCGCGGAGUCCCCUGCGGAGGAGGCCGGCCCGGAGAAGAGCCACCGCGCAGCCGUUCCUCAGAGGUCCCGGAAAAAGAGAUGCCCUUACACCAAGUACCAGAUUAGAGAACUGGAACGGGAGUUUUUCUUCAACGUGUAUAUAAACAAAGAGAAAAGACUCCAGUUGUCUAGGAUGCUGAAUCUAACGGAUCGACAAGUUAAAAUAUGGUUCCAAAAUCGAAGGAUGAAAGAAAAGAAACUGAACAGAGAUCGCUUGCAAUACUUCACGGGGAACCCCUUGUUUUGA